AUGUCUUCCUGCCCUCAAGCCUCCGACUUCCAACCCCCCUCCAGCGUCAGCGCCUGCUACAUCGCCGCAAACUCAACGCAAGCCGUCCAGCAACUCUUCUCCCAAUGCUGCACCACCAGCCACUCUACCACCGCCCCCAGCGACGACAAAUGCUUCCUCACCUGCAGCGCCUCCGACGGCUCCCUCGAUGACUGCUUCUCCAACGGUCUCGGCUGCCUCAACCCGCCCCUCAGCGGCUUCGACAUUGACUCCGCCUGCUACGGCCUUGCCGCCAGCAGCAGCCCCAUCUCUACGGGCGGCGCCAACUCCACCUGCAGCGCUGACCCAGCUGGUUCUUCCAGCACCCCUUCCGCCUCUUCUUCGUCUGCCUCUUCUGCCUCUGUGGCGGCUUCCAAGACUGCUUCGGCCUCCGCUGCUUCGACUUCGGCCAGCGGUACUGCGAGCCCCUCUCCAACUCAUACCGGCAAGGCUUCGGCGAGAGCUUCGCUUUCGAUGGGCGCGAUGGUCGUGAUGGGACUUGCUUUGUUUGGCCUUCUGGCUUAG